AUGGCUUCCCCCACACGCUCACCUUUCCUCGAUAUCCUCCCAGCCGAACUCCGACUACAUAUCUACACCCUCCUCCUUGUUACGCCCUCUCCACUCAAAGGCCCCGUCGCACGAGAAAGCAAAAAAUACGACCUUCACACAGCCAUCCUCCGCACCAACAAGCAAAUCUACGCUGAAGCCCGCUCCAUCUUCUUCGGCAAGAAUUCAUUCUACAUUACCUCGAUCCCGCCGCCAGCUUCCGCCGAUGAUGGAGACGACACCGAGGGCUCAGGCGCCUUCGAACCCCCUCUGCAACUCAGAGACUUACCACUAGUCCGCCACCUCCAAGUCGAUGUACUAUAUUACCCUCGGUGUAUGCGGAGGAUAAUGGAUCCCCGCACCGGGGUUUGGAGACCGGUAUCCGCUGGAGCCGAACGGUACAUCACCAGCCUAUCGUAUCUUCUCGGCGCUGUGGAGUCGACUCUCCUAAGCCUGAAAUUAUGCGCGGAUACGCGGCGCUACCUCGACGACACGGCAUCAGAUCGCGGCAAUGACGACAGCAACAGCAAAGGAACCACUGAUAGACUCGCGUUUCAAAAAAUGCUAACCGGGUUCUACAUGGCUGAUGCUGACGCCCUGUUUCGCAAGACGCUGGCCCAAUUGAAUGUCCGCGAUAUUACGUUGCGUUUUGACUUUUCGGAGAUUUACUUUGAUUUUACCGUUAUGAGACAGGUGCUUUGUCAGCAAAGCUUGGUCGAAUUGGCAGGCCAGGUGCUGUUGAUGCGGAAUGAGAUCAGGACGAAGGCUGCUAUGUUGGAUUUAGGAGAGGUGGUGGAAGAGAUGCCCAAGGAGGGCGUUGUCAAUCUGAUUCCGCAUUCGUGGUAG